CACACGAAUCCAAAACGCAGAGAGUGCAACCAACCAACAACCGCGACCAGUGCUGCCCUCGGCCUCGCCCUCGCCUAUAAACUGCAGCCCAACAGUGCCCAUCAGCCCCAACCGCGCGGCGUCAGUCAGGACUCAGCAGGCGAUCGAUCGAGGGCCGCGUUCGGUUCGGUUCGAUCCGAUUCGAGAUCAAAAUCAAAAAUCAAUCCCAAAACACCCAGCAAGAGCGAGCGACCGACGGAGGGCGGGCGUCGAGGCUGGCCGCCGCCGCGAGGAUACCGGCGCCCGUGCGCGCGAUGAUGGCCUGGUGGCGGAAGAAGGUCGUCUUCCCCGCGCGCCGCGCGCUCGCCGCCGUCUCCGCCCGCGUCCGCUCCCGCAAGACAGGCGGUGGAGGCAGCCUGCUGAAGCUUCAUGAGGACGUGCAGACCUGUGGAUACAAGGACGUGCAGGUGAUGUUCGAGAUGCUGACGUCGGAGCUGGAGGACCCCAAGAGGCGCAAGCAACAGACGGCGGCCUCCUGGAGGCCGCCCUCGGCGUGGCCCAGCCGGUCGUCGUCCUCGAUCGCGGCCGCGCAAUAGAGACCCCCGACGCUGACAUGGAAUGCAGCUCGGUUUGGUGGCACCGGUCCAUAAUAACAAGAUGAGGAGGAGGGCCGAUUUAGUAAGUAAGUAAGUACCCUGUGGUAAUAGUUGAUUAGUCAGUCUGGCAACUCAAUGCCUGAUGCCAGGUAUCGAUCAGUCACCCCCCAUCCCCCUGCCCGUCGACUCUCCGGGAAAAAGAUCGAGGAUUUUUCAGUUGCAGAGCGCGCCGCAAGCCUCUGAUCUGAAAGCCUGAAUGUUUUCUGUACAUGUUGCAUGUGGAUUGCGCUGAAUUCUCGCAAAACUCGGUGAGACGAUGGAGCAAGAGGGGUUUACUUUUCAACCAUAUAUAAAUAUAUAUAUUCGGUUUCUCUGUCA